AUGCAACCUAGUAUUAUUAUUGCUUAUCUACAUAACUCAAUUACUAUGCAUAAUCGAGAGGCUGGUAAUCGCUCGGUAUGCUCGCCUGCGCAUAGAUGGAGACAGUGUUACAACCAUUGCACACAAAUCCUGGUUGCUAGAAUUUUACUCUUCCUCGCCAGCUUUAAAGAAUUUCGACAAAAAAUUAGUGAGCGUUCCCAGUUAAGAACACUUAUUCAACUACUAGAGCCUACUCUGGAUCCACAACUGCUCUGUCUUUUGCUUCAAACUAUCGCUCUUAUAGCUUUGAAUCCAUCAACACACCGCCAUUUUAUUGAAAUGCAGGUGGAUAAUCCGCUUAUUCAGAUGCUUCUUCCAGCCGAUGAUUGGUAUUAUACAAAUCAUAGCACUAAAUUUGGCCAUUUUGUUAAACACCAUGCCGCUCGAAUAUUAAUUUAUAUUGGUCUAGGGGAGAGAGUUGGAAAUCGAGUUUCUCUGUUCGAUGACUCCCUUUUGGCAACCUCAGUCACUCGUAGAUCCUUAACUAGCAGUCAGGGUCAAGCAGCAAACAAUUCCACUUCGGCAAAUGAGGACGACUAUAUUUGUGAAACUCUUCGACCUGCUACAAUGGCACAAGAAUUUAGCCGAACAGCAAUGUCAGUAGAAGGCAUUCUUUUAAAAAUAAUGCAGGAACUAAGCCGAAACCAGGCGUCAAAUGGAACUGGAAGCGGAGCACAGGAGCCUAUAAGCGAGGAAACACCAAGUGCUUGUGCUAGCGUGAUCGCUUCACCUACAGUCCAAGUCCGAUCUAUUGUUGUUGGUCAAAAUAGUGCAAAUUGUAUCAUUGAGGAGUGUGAAGAGAAGCCUGACUCUCCACUUCCACCAUUAAUAAUGCCAUCACCAGCAUUUAUUGACGAUACACCUACUAGUACACCUCCAACUUCUGUUGAGGCAAAUUUAUGUACGGCUCGGAAUACUGCUACAUCUAACCCGUUUAUUUCAUCUACGUCUUCAAAAUCUGCUUCUACUAGUCCAGACACUCCUUCAACUUCUCCUCACAAUUUAUUAACAAAUAGGCAAUCAACUCCAGUUUUGGGGCCACCCGUAUCUCCAUCCUCUACAACAACAUGUUCAUCAACACUUACAAGGGCAACAACACCCUCAACAUCAUCAAGUAUAAUUCAACAACAACAACAAUUAACAGUACCUGGACAACAGCAACUAAUACAUCAACAAAUAACACAACCACAACAGCAACACAAACCUACUCCUACAGUAACUAGCCAACCUAGACCAACUAGUGUUGCUGUUCCUGAAAAACAAAUAUUACAAUCACAAGCUGUGAAGCGCGCCCCUUCUUCUCCCCCUGCUUCUGUUAGCGCAACAGUAGCAAGAGUGUACAACACAUUAGUCUGUAUAAACAACUUGGAAACACACCUCUGCAAAUUUUCACUAGUACUUGAUCCAAUGUUGUUGUUGCGACUUUUGUUACACAAACUUUCAUGGGAUCUUUCGCUUGUUGCUAAAAAACGCCCAACAAUAUAUGGACAUGGCAGUGCGAAUGCAACUCCUACAGCAACACCUAUCAUUACUUCUGUUGCCGAUUCCCGAAGAGCACAUUCAAGCUGUUCAUUGGGGAGUUCAUUUAAAAGGGGAUGUGAAGAACAAAACAGUAAGAAUAGCAUAAAAGACAGCAAACGUUUUUUACGGGUGGACUAUGCCGGAGGCUCUUCGAGGUUGUCAAAGCGUGUCCAUAUACGCAGAUCAAGUUCUGUCGAGAUUCCUCGUCCCAAACGCUUCAGCAGUGGCGCCAAGGAGUUGAGAAAGGAACGCAAUCGUAAAAGACUUGGAACCGAUACAAGCAGCGGGAGCGGGAAGUCAAAGAAAACAAAUUCCUCCUCAACAUCCAGCGUUCAGAAACAUUUACCCAAAUAUCUGACAAAUCUUUUUCGAGGGCGAAUGGGCACAGAUCCGUGUAAGAGGCAUCAUAGCCGUGCUAGUCGAGAAUCUAGCCCUGACAGUCCAUUGAGUGGAUCUGAGGCAGUUUUGGAGUUUACCAAAAAAUUGCAGAAUAUUCCACCUACAAGGAGAGAUACGCUUAGAAUGGCUUAUAAACAAGCAGGACAACAGGAUAGUGCGGGGACUGCUGGGAGUGCUGGGGAACGAAUACAGCGACAUAUUGGCUAUGGGCAUUUACCUGAGUUGGAGGUAAACAGUGCAUCUCCUCCCCGUUCACCCCUAAUCAGCACAGCCAUAGUCGCAGCAGCAGCACUCACUAGCGAGAACAACAGCGCUUCAUCUUCAGUUGCUGUAGCCAGUGGAAACGUGGUUGACUUACGGCGUCCUUCCAGCCCUCCUGUUCUGCCGGGAUUACCACUUAUCGAGAUCCGUCGACCUUCAGCUUUAUCUCAAUUCGAAUUUGGCUAUUUUGUCAAUUCACCAGAGGUUAUGUCAAAUAGUCAAGGUGGAAGUGCGACGGGGAGUGUGUCUGAUGAUUGCGCGCCUUUGUUGUUGAGUGGUGGACCAAGUCAAGUUCAAAUUUGUUCCAGAAAGUCUUCAGAUGAAAGUUCAAUGUGUGGAUGGAGUUCCCGCGCAAGCUCUCGCCUCUCCCAACGGUCCUCAUCUGGCGGCCUUCGACUCUCCACCUUCUCAGGAGGCACUUCAAUUGCUUCGGACAACUCAGGCCCAUUCAUAUUCAGCUUUGUCCUUCGAAAGAGAGCAUCAACCAUUGGAACACGCAUUCCUUUACCGAAAAGAGCCAUUUCCCGUUCAAGUGGAGAUAGCAGUUUGAGAGUGCCUGACAGAGAGAGCCCCUUACAACUACUUUGUGGAAUCGAAAUGAGCCCUGAUUUCCACUGUGUAAGGCAAUUAUUGUUGGAUUUAAUGUCUAUGUAUAGCAAUAAAGAUCAAAAUUUUGUUUGCACACUGCGAUCAUGUUCUGACAUGCUUCGUCAAGUUUUGAAUACUCCUCAACACCCAGGAGUUAAAAGCUGGUGUGCUGAUAUUUUAAACGUGAUUAAUAGUCAAUUAGAAACUGAAGAGGAGAGCAAGUUGGAGAGCGAGGAGAGGAUUAAUGAUGAUUAUUUGGAUCUUCAAGACCAAAUAAUUUCCGGCUCCUUACCCUGCCCUAAGGAAGAAGCAGCUUUACUCGCAGCAGUCCAACUCUGUGUAGAAGAGAACUGGCCUAACAACAAACGAACGCAAACAAUCCGUCGGCAUCUUCUGAAAGGCCAAUUUGGUCGGAUACGCGAUCUGGCCCAGAAAAUAAUGAUAACACCUUGGGAAGUUGACCAAGCUUUGUACUGCACCCCUCCUAGAGCUCUAAGCGAUUCUGCCGCAAGCAAUCGAAAAAUCUCAACGAACCCAAACGUUAAAGGAGGAGGGGUAUUAGACCUGCAAAUAACCGAACAACAACAACAACAACAUGGCAAUAGAAGGAGGAGAUCGUUGACACUUUUCAGUUGUAUGUCUGAAAGGGACCCGAUGCUGUCUGAAGAUGUACAAGCACAAUGUUUACCGAUGGAUUUGCGUGGGGAUAGAAGGACUGUUAGAUUGAUUAGGGAACGCAAACGAAAACUUUUUCACAGCCAAAUAUACGAAUCAGAACAGGCCAUGAAACGCCUAUAUGUCCAAACAGCUCGCAAAUUGCCAGCCUAUGGUUGCAAGGUUUACCAGGUUAAAGAAUUACUUCAUGGACGGACUUUACGCAAAAAUGUUCGGUUACUCUGUUUGUCAAACUCUCAAUUUUGCCUCCUUGAUGGAUGCUCCAAAUUCGCCUUGAGGCGGCAACACGCUGCAACUCUACAACAAUGGCGAGUGGGAGGUGGUGUGAGUAAACACCAAUUGCUACUAGAAUUUAGAGGCACAAAGUGGCAACUGAUUGCCCCCUCCUACAAUAUACUCAAAUCAAUAUCAAUGACCCUUUGGGAAAUCAUGCAAUCUCGUACAAGCCUCUUCAUCCAAAAGACGUUCAAUCGUUCAGCCAGAACAAGUUUUGGACUUUUCGAUCGGCCAGAAAGUCGAGAGGGGACGACAACCACAAAUCAUAGUGGAGGGUCUAGAACAACCUCCUACUCAUCUACAUGUUCUUCUAUAAGGAAUAGCAAUGGAUUGUUAUGUAAUAGGGAUGAGCCGAUUACUUUAUUUAGAUUGGAGCUUGAGAGAUUACAGUAUAUUCUACAUUUCCCAGAGGAAGUUGCUUUUCAGCUAUCCUCAACUGAAUAUCAAAUGUUCUACGGCAUUGCACCCAUAGAUUUUGUACGCUAUGUGGGAUGCGAUUUGGCCAAUAUAGACAUUCAAAAUAAUCCUAGCCCAGUCAAGAAUUUAGUGAAACGAUUAUCAGAAGUCUCUUCAUGGAUUACACACGUAAUAAUCAGUCAACCUACCCACGAGGAGCGUAAAAGUUGUUUGGCAGCGAUUAUAAGGGUGGUUGAUACUUGCUGGAAUAUUGGAAAUUUUAAUGCUGCCGUGGAAAUAUUAUUGGGAUUGAAGAGCCCUCGAUUGCGCCCUUUCUGGCUCUCUCUCAAACAAGAAGAGCGUCAACGUUUCGAAGAGUAUGUUGAAGUCCUCUUGCCCCAUGACCAAAAAACGGGGCAAUCUUCUUCAGAACGUGGAAGCUGUACUCAAAAGCAACCUUCCUCUCCCCAUCCUUUAUAUGUUGAAGCAAUGCAGAGAGCUUUAAGAAUGGUUCAGUGUCGAGUUAUCCCUUUCUUUGGCACUUUUUUGUAUGAUCUGUUUACUAUAGUUAACGACUUGCCUAAUUUAACGGUUGUUGGGCACAAUGGUGAAGCAGAAAAAUUAAAAUUUCUUCAUGACAUGAAUGGUGAUGAUCAUUUUUCGUCGAAAAUCAGUGUUGGGGGGUUGUUGAAUACUGAUAAAGUUAACUUGGUCUGCCUAAUUCUUGACAACCUCGAAAUUUACCAUAAACAUCAUCGCCAACUCCUUCGAUAUGUCCCUUCUGAGGCUGCUGCCCAGCUUUGUGAAGGGUCUCCAAAUGGAGCUGCUGUAGACGUUCAAAAUACUAAUGAUGUUCAUGCUGUGUUUGUUCAACAACAUGCGCAGCCUCCUGGAAUUUAUUGCAAUAAUUUACAGCCUAUUUCCAUUUCUACAUGGAACAACGGUCAAACUCCACCAUCGUCUCUACCCUUACCAAUACUUCCGCUUCAAUCUCCACAAUACUCGCCAGAGCCUAAACUAUACGAACCUGCCCAACCAAUACCUGGUGCGGCGCACGGAGUUCAGUUAAUUCCAUUAAAUACGACAAUUCUGGAUUUGGAUGUUAUACAACGUAUACAACAUGGAACUACGGUCAUCCAUUACGAUCCAGAUUCUGGUCGCAGUAUUUUAUGCCAACUUAGAUUAGAUGCUAGUUGCGCAACAGUCAGUUGGCAGAGAAUUUUCUAUGGCGGACGUGAUGGGCGUGAGAGAGAAUUAAUUGCUGUAGCAAAAGCUGCCAACAUACAAAGUGCCGAUGCUGCCUCUGGAAAUAGAUUCCAAGGAGGGUCUUCGUUGACUCCACGCCCUCAGGGCGCAGGCCAUUUUACGCUGGAUGAAGGAUUUUUAAGUACUAGCUACAUAAAAGCGAUUGAGUCGGUUGAUUCAUACGAGCUUGACAUUGAAGCAAUAUAUCGUAGACACAGUGUUGAGGAAAUGAGUGUUCCGGUUAUGUGUUGGACUAUUAAUUUUGGAUGUUCUUUAAAUGAUAACGAGUUUCUCUACUUUCUUGCUCCUCAACAGAUUGCUCAAUAUUGGAUGGGGUUGGAGAAGGUAGUCAAAUUCAUCCACGAACAAAACAGAAAUCCCGACAGGCGUGUAAUAUGGCUCAAACGUCUUUAUCUUCAACUAUACAGCGAACAGGAGAGAGAACAAUCCGGACUAACAUCAAAAACCUCCAUAGCUUUUGGAGCUCCAACACCCUCACUCGCUUCAGUUCCUCCACUUAUCUCUUCGAGUAACAACAACAACAACAGUCCCCUCUCAACUGAAUUCCCAACAAUAACAACACGCCGAAUUGGUCCUAGACCCGUAGAUGCUCUCCAAGCAUUUGGUGGGCGGGUAGAAAAAUGGAAGAAUUUAAGUGUUAACCAAACAACCACAACUUUGUAUUCACCUCAUGGUCGUCAAACCGAUUCUUCCCCGUCUACUGAAUGUGGUGGAAGUCGUUCAAAGAGUAGACUACGUCAGAUGACUAUUGCUGUUACUAGGCGUGUAAAGGGAAGUAGCAGUAGAGAUUGUUCUAGAAGUACAAGUCCGGCACCCCAUUCUCCAAUGGUACGCCCUCCUUCUAUUCGAAGCCAACUGAGCAGCCAAAGUGGACCUCCCGGCCCGCAUAGUCCAUUACCCUAUCUCCUCAAACCUCGUGUGGGCAUUGAAUCGGCUAGUGCUUUAUCGGAUGCAGGAGAUCUCGAUUCGUUGUAUACACCUCGUUCUCGAACGCCUACUUCAUCGUCUUAUGGAGGCCGUUCUGUUGGCGGCCGUUCGAUAAAGUCUUGGCGUUCACGUGGCGGCGAAACGCCAAAUUCCGGCUCUAUUUCCAGCAGUGGUGGAGGCGUUGGCGGUCAAAUGUCUGGCGCGUUACUCAGCAGUUCUGGCAAGGAGUAUCAAGAAAGGCCUAUAGCGUUUACGGUAGUUGGAGAGAAAAUAAAUGGAAAUGAUUUAAUAUUUCAGGAGUUUGUUGAACUUUUCCGUCUAUUCAACACAAGAAUGAGAAAGGCAGGAAACAAAUUUAUUAAGGCAAAAAAAAUUUUUUUCGUUAAGGAUGUGAGGGAUUUAUUUAAUGAAUUUGUCAUUGCAACACAUUCAAGUGCCAAUUCUCACGUGCCGAAACGGGCAAGUAGUGAUAAAGCAACUUGUAGUCCUCGAGUGCAAUCACGACUUGAAUCGGUCAACAGCUGCCCUCCCAGUAAUGAAUUUGUACCAGACGAUGUACUCACCAGAAACACAGCUUACCACCUUUGCCAAUUGAAUGAUAAACAACAGAAAAUAUAUAAUGCUUUGGCAUUGGCCUGUGUUUCCUCUUCAGGACCCAUGGAUACUUCGAGAAAUGCUUUUUUAACCCCGGCUUCCUUGAAGCACUUUAUUUGUACACAGCAAAUGGAGUAUAUUGACGAGCAAUAUGCUGCCAGACUGAUACAAGAACAUGAACCCGAUCCUGGCUACCGUGCCAAACAGUUAAUGUCCUUUGAAGGAUUUGUACGGUUCCUUUCUGACUCAACCAACUUUGCUUUUGUCCCGGAACAGAUUCAACCUUCUGAAGAACAAUUACAGUAUCCUCUCAGUUAUUAUUACAUUUGUUCGAGUCAUAAUACUUAUUUGACUGGGCAUCAAUUGAAAGGGGAAUCCUCGGCAGAAAUGUACAGACAGGUCCUCCAAACAGGCUGUCGUUGUGUAGAACUCGACUGUUGGGAUGGAGACGAUGGUUUGCCUUUGAUCUAUCACGGACACACCUUAACUACAAAAAUAAGCUUUCGCUUAGUUGUAAAUAUAAUCAAAAAGAGUGCAUUCCAGCAAAGCCAAUUACCAGUUAUUUUGAGUAUUGAAAAUCACUGCUCAUUGCAACAACAGGCAAAGAUGGCACAAAUGUUUAAAAGUGCUUUUGGAGAUCGUCUAGUUACUUCCUAUCUGUUCGAUACUGAUUAUAUGGAGAGCCCUAGAUUGCCUUCUCCUUGGCAACUUCGUAACAAAAUUAUCAUAAAAAAUAAGAAAAUGAUUGCAGAGCCUUCCGCCGGUAUUUACGCAACCAAUAUUGGACAUUUUGAUUCACAUUACGGUGGUGACAUAUUAAUCGGUGGUAAUGGUUGUGGUGCUGGUGGAUAUAUACCUCUUCAUCACCGACAUAGGAGUGAUUUAGGUGCUGAGGUUGCUCAUCAUGGAAGCUGUUCAAGGAAAGGGUCAUAUGAAUCUUCUUCUAUUGAUGAUAUGGAGGAUGAUGAGUUGGAGUAUUUGGAUGAUGAGGAUGUUGCAACGGAGGAUGAUCCGACUGAGACUGAUGUUGAAAUACGAACAGAGGGCGAUACAGCCUCUCCAAUGAAAGGAAUUCCAAUUAUUAGAACCUCAUUUUCAUCUAAUCGGCAUUCCAGUAAAGAUUCACUAAAUAGCAGUGUUUUUGCCAAUAAUGACAGAACUAGAGGACUUAGCCAGGUUGCUGGGGCUAUAGCUUCUAUUGCAAGUCCAGCAGCUAGUAGACGCUUACAGAACAGGAAGAAACUUGGAGGGGAAGAUUUGGUUGUUCUACCAAGGUUGGAUUUGAGGAAUGAGGAUGAUGCGAUUUCGCAAAUUGGAAAUAUAUGCCAACGCCAUUGCCACCAUCACCAUGCCAAAAUUGGUCGUCGUGGUUCCACAUUCACUACCACAACAGCUGCAAUAACUAGAGCUUCUAGCAGUGGGCAUCAGAUUGCUCAGGAACUCUCAGAUUUAGUUAUUUAUAUGCAAGCUGUAAAAUUUAAAGGAUUUGUGGUUACAACAACAGAGAUUCCUAUAGGGUUUAGAGAGAUUGGAGGAACCAAUGUUGGAUUUGAUACCAUUGGAAGUAGUGGAAUUGGGAGUGGAGAGCUGAGGCCAUGCUCCAACAGCUUUGGCGGAACUCCUCGAAUGCGUGCCCUUGCACCUACAAUGUUGAGUUCCUAUUCAGCUACAGUACCCUCCCACAUCGAGCCUAACAUCCAACAGGCUCAUCAGAAGCGUCCAAAGAGUAGCAUACAAAUUUCAACAGCAGAAUCAACUAGAUGUUUACAACUGGUCAGUGCCCAGUUAAGCAAUGGGAGCGACAAAGGAGAUUCACCAUCUACUCUUCAGCCUGUACAACAACAGCCGUUACCCCAACAGCAACAACCCUCAACUAGCAAUGUACAGGAGCAAACUGCUUCAACUUCUACUCAAAAUAAUGCGACAAAUUUACUAUCUUCCUCUAAUACAAAUAGACAGCAAUCGCCAAACUCUCAAGCUUCAUGCUAUCAAGUAAGCUCCCUAACUGAAGCAUCAGCUAGAAAGUUGUGCCGGAAAUAUGCUCAAAAAUGUAUUAGCUAUACCAGAAAUCAUAUCAUGAGAACCUAUCCUGGAGGUAUGAGAAUUGAUUCCUCCAACUUUAGUCCACAACGACUUCUAGAAUUUUGGCAAAGCGGGUUGCAGAUGGUAGCUCUCAAUUUUCAAACUGCAGAUGUAGCUAUGGCUGUAAAUACUGCAAUGUUUGAACAGACCGGGAAUUGUGGAUAUAUCUUGAAGCCUAGAGCUUUGUGGGAUGCUAAUCACCCUCUUUUUGGAAAAUUUAAUCCUUAUUCUAAGGAAAUUUCGUCGUGUCCAGCAAUCAUACUUCAAUUAACAAUCAUUUCCGGACAAUAUGUCAGUCCAGGAUCGUUCUCAGCCAACCCAACCCUUGAAAUUGAAAUUAUCGGCGUCCCAGCUGAUUGUGUAAAAGAAAAGAGCAAAUCCUCUGGAUCAAGUAGUGGACGCAACUCUGUCAACCCAAUAUGGAACCAUUCCUCUACUUUUCGAAUCGUUUUUGUUGAACUUGCUUUUUUACGGAUUUCUGUAUAUGAUGGGGACAAUGGAAAAUUGCUUAGUCAGAGGGUUGUUCCUGUAAGGUGUCUAAGACCUGGUUAUAGACACUUGCCGUUGAGGACACCGAAUAAUCAACCGUUGGAGCAAUCUCUACUUUUUAUACGUACUCGCUUCGAACAAGAAGAACAUAUCUAUCUUCACGAGGAAGAUCACCCCCUUCCUUACGGCGCUCCAUACUCCGCCCAACAUUCCCCUCACUCAGCAUGUUCAAACUCACAACCCCAUUCUGGUUCAAUCAGUAUGGGAACAAACAACAAUUAUGAGCCAGAAAUGCUUUACCAAGUUUUGAAAAUUGACCCUGAAGCGAACGUUAAGCCAUUGUUUAUUUUGAGACGGCAAAUCUUCAUUAUCAGAAUAUUGGGUCUUUUUCCAGAUGAUACAACCAGCGUUGUGGUCCAUGCCGAAUCAAGCAGCACCGUUCGUUCAGUAAUAGCAAAAGCUCUCUCCAACGCAGGCAAACAAGCAGAAAACCCAGAUGAUUAUAUUCUUUUCGAAGAGAAUAUUCCUUCUAUCCCAGUACCUCCAAACUCAACUUCCCCUUCUGCUUCAGCUUCAGCCACAGCAUUAUCUUCGGUUUAUCCAUUAGAUGCUUCUGCCAAUAUUUUUGGUCAACAACCACCUUCAACUAGUGAAACAACCACAAAUUUCUUCUCUACUUCGACUUCAAUAGACCAGGCAACGAAGCUACAUUCUCAAUCACAGCAUAGAAUAUUGCCGCAUAAUGAGCCUAUAUUAGAUGCUGUAAUGUGUUGGAAUGGGGCUUCUAGACGGUUCCAUUUGAGAAAGAAAAAUGUGGACCCCGCUACAGGUCGUUCCUCACUAUUCUCGGCAAUAAUGAAAGGAGGAGGAAUAUCCCAACAACAACAAUCUCAUCAAACACCCUUAGCUCCUCGAAAGUCUCUUGGUCAAGGAGCAGAGGAUGGUUCUGGUCAACGAACAAAAUCGCCAACUGGAGCGAUUAAUUUAACAUGUAGAUCGUCUGUUGAUGUUAUCGAGCCAUCCGGGGCUCAUGCCGGAGAGAGUUUAGAGCCGGGCAUGCAUCCACGAGCCAAAUCUAUGGGGGAAACCUUCAUUGUUUGCAUUCACAACAUUAGCGAUAACCAUCCUUAUGCUAUAUUGAGAACAAGGUUGAUAUUGUCAUUGAUUAUUUGA